AUGCAGCAGCUCUCCCAGCCCCCACCCGCGCAGUCGGAUCAGCCCACACCCACCUGCCGGGUCCUCGUGGUCGGUCAGGCCUCGGGGGGUUGUUCGGUGCCCAGGGGGCGGCCCAUCGCCGGACUGGCGCUGGCCCUACCCCAUCCCGACGCGGGCCCGCCUAGGCGGGCAGCGCCAGCCGAGCUGCGGGCAGAGAGGGCAGAGGCGGAGUGGCCGCGGGCCGCGGGUCUGCGGGGCCCCCAGCGUUCCCGAGGGCCGCGCGUAGUCUGUCUCGGAGCAGGGGGCGUUGCCGGCGAAGCCUGGCAGCUGGCCUGCGUCCCCGGUGCAGAGGACAGUGCGGCGGCCGAGGCUGGCCCCCUGCAGCGGGAUGUGACCGUCCGGGCCAGCCAGCCGCCGCCUUCUGCAGAGCUGGCCCCGCGCUCCGCUGCAGCCCGGCUGGGACGCGCGGGCCCGCCCCGCCCCACUAGGGUUCUCGUCGCCGUCAUCCUCCUCCCCGAUUACCUACCCCCCCCCCCAGCCUUGUUCUCUCGGGGCUCCUCCCACGACCCUCCCAAUGGCGGCCUGCUGGGCCCCUAUUCCUUCACCCUCCUUGCUCUAGUAGAUGAACUGACUGGGGUACCCGGACAGGCGCAGUUGUCAGGGUAUGAAGCAGCUGUGCCAAUCACAGAGAAGUCCAAUCCCCUGACCCGGAACUUGGACAAAGCAGAUGCAGAGAAAAUUGUUCAACUGCUGGGGCAGUGUGAUGCUGAGAUCUUCCAGGAGGAGGGGCAAAUCGUGCCUACCUACCAGCGACUGUACAGUGAGUCAAUUCUGACCACCAUGUUGCAAGUGACUGGAAAAGUCCAGGAGGUCUUGAAGGAGCCAGAUGGAGGCCUGGUGGUACUGAGUGGAGGAGCAACCUCUGGCCACAUGGCGUUCCUCAUGUCGAUCUCUUUUAACCACCUAAUGAAAGGCCUGGGACAACAGCCUCUUUACACAUACCUCAUUGCAGGCGGCGACAGGUCUUUCGUGGCCUCUCAGGAACGGACAGAAGACAGUGCCCUACACGGGACUGAUGGACUGAAGAAGGCACCCUUUGUGGCAGGCCAGAUGAACUACUGCAUGGAUAACACAGCAGUCUUCUUGCCAGUCCUGGUUGGCUUCAAUUCGGUGAGCAUGGUCAGAAAUGACCCCAUUGAAGACUGGAGAUCAACAUUCCGGCAAGUAGCAGAGCGGAAGCAGAAGAUGCAAGAGAAACAGGAAGCUUUUGUGCUCAAUCCUGCCAUUGGGUGUCAUUGCCUCCUUAGCCCGAGGGCUCAGUGGCUCUUCCUGGAUGAAAGGCGGAGAGCUACCAAGAUUCUGCUGGAAACCCUGCGGCUAGCGGCCCAUAGGACUGUGGACCAGGAUUUCCAAGACGUCCGUGGCUUUCUCAUAAGUGACCACAAUGACAUGUUUAACCAGAAGGCAGAGCUCACCAACCAGGGUCCCCAGUUCACUUUCUCCCAGGAGGACUUCCUGACUGCCAUUCUGCCAUCCCUCGUGGAAACUGACACUGUGGUCUUCAUUUUCACCCUGGAUGAGGUCCAGGCACUGGUGGAGCAGGUGAGAGAGAAGACCACGAACAUCCAGGCCCCGGUGCAUGGCACCGUGGGGCAGUCCUUGCCGGCCCCUCUAAAGAGACUCUUCCCCUCCGUCAUCAGCAUUACUUGGCCACUGCUUUUCUUUGAAUAUGAAGGAAGCUACGUCCAGAAGUUCCAGUGUGAGCUAAGCACCAAGUGGGUGUUGAAUACAGUGAGUACCGGGGCCCACGUGCUGCUGGGGAAGAUCCUACAGAACCACAUGCUGGACCUCCGCAUCGCCAACUCCAAGCUCUUUUGGAGGGCUCUGGCCAUGUUGCAGUGGUUCUCUGGACAGUUCAAGUCUCGCUGCAUCGAGAGCCUCCUCCAAGCAAUCCAUUUUCCUCAACCACUGUCAAAUGAUAUCUGGGCUGCUCCCAUCUCCCACCACAUCCAGGUUGCCCAUGAGAAGGAAAAGGUAACCCCCACAGCCUUGCUGAGCCUUUUACAACGCUGCUCCAUCACAGAGGCUAAGGCACGCCUGGCUGCAGCUCCUUCGGUCUGUGAGGUUAUCAGGAACGCUCUUUCUGGGCCGGGUCAGAAGCGCACCGCCCUAGCCCUUGGGGACCCAACAGCCUAUAGUGCAAUUUCCAAGCAACAUGAUCUAAAACAAAUCCAGAAACUCACAGGUCAGAAUGAUUCUCUCCCUUACUGAUCAGCUCAAGAUGAUGUCAGUAGUCACUACGCUCAUGGUCUCUUUACUCCUGUUACAGUUUCACAGCUGAACAAAGCUGGAAUGAUGAAUGUCAUUGAAGCUGAUCUAACAUGUAUUUCAGGACUUUCCAUGGGCUGGAGCCAGGAAUAUGUAUUCUGGUCAAUAGACAGGAAUCUUCAACAGAUCUUCCAACAUCUGGAAAAUGCAAGGUCAACACUUAUGGAAAUGAGUUUACAAGAGUCCCGAGAUUUGUCUUCCUCCUCCGUCUCUGACAUUGUGGGUUGGGAGGCUAUCCCACCUUCUUGCUACUGUACGACAGGAAACCAUUCUUCUGACUCCAGCGUGUCCUCUGUAUCAUCAUCCAGUGACAGCUCAAACCCAUCUUAUCUUCCAGUCUUUCCUGGAGGAGCAACGUGGCAAUUCCGAAGCCAUAGCUUACCUGCUUUCUCCCGAAAGGAACUGUCCGCUCCCAGGAGCCAGGGCUCAUCCCUGCCUACUUUUCAGCCGGCAGAUCUUGAGAAAUCAGAUCUUUUUCAGAAUCUGUCAGCUCUUCCUCCUUUACAAACUCAAACUUUUUUUAUUAACUCAAUUUUAGAAACCCUAGAUUCUUGCAAACAAGAGAAUACAAGAAAUAAGAGAAAGAAUCAUUUGCUAUCAGAUCUUGGGCCAAAUUCUGUUUUGAAUGAGAGCCCAGGCCCCCUAGUAUGGGCUCCACUCCAGCUCUCUCCUUUAGUCAGAGGAGAACUGGAAGGACACAUGUCUCAUAAGGUUUCUACUUUGCGGGCACAAGUGGUGCCUUUGCCUGUGAAGAAAUCCUGGGAAAUACUCAAUCAUUUGAUGGAUGUACAAGGAGUCCCUGAACAAGGGCUCCCCAAAACUCAGUUACCUAUACUCCUCCCUCAGAGGGCUGAGCAAAAUACCAACCAAUCUCCAGAUGCUCCAUCAUUUCAUGUCCAUGUAAACAUUGGGGUGAAUUCUGAAUUAAGCAGGACGGAAGUGUCACAGCCGCUGACCUCAAACAAGCAGUUACAGUCUGCUAAUGACCGCCAGGUUCUUAGCUACAACCUUGUAGUUACAUCAAUGGACUCAGCUCCCAUUAACAUAGUUCGGGAAGAAAACGCUCUACUGAAAAAGGAUCCAAGGCAUGUGUUAGAGCUGAAUAUAGAUCAGAGGGUCCUAGGUCUUCCAGAAAAAAGAAUACAGUCACAAAGGGCACAAGUAACUGACGUGGAACUGACAGCCCAGGUACCACGCUCAGCCACGGACAGCAUAAAGGUCACUCCAGUGGCAUUGCUUCAGGUUAUGGGCUCCAUGGGAAUGAUCCCAGAAUCACACGUGCAGGAUAAACUGCGUGGGGUUCCCCCGCAGCCACCAAGUCAAGCAGAAACAGUGAAUCUAACUCCUCGGCCAUCAGAUCAAGUAAUUGAACCAAAACCAGUAACGAGUCUUCAGCAUUCAGCUACGGAAUCAAAGAGUAUGGCCUCAAGACUGAGUCAAGUCACAGAUAAUAUGAAGGUAACUCCUGUGAAAUUGCUUCGCAUCAUGGAUUCCAUGGGGAUGAUUAAUGAAUUACACCCACAUGUCAUAGAAUCAGCAGAAAUAGCCCCAAAGCCACAAUACCAAGUGAUGGAAUCGGCAAAGGUGGAUACAUUGCAUGGCCACCAAGCCAUACGACCAGAAGAUAAGAGUCUAGGACUACAGCAAUCAGUUCUGGAAACUGUGGGAGUGAUCCCCCAGCCUCAGCAUAAAGUCAUGGGAACAUCGAAAACAACCUUGGGGCCACAGAAUCAAGCCACAGAACACAUUGGGAUUGCUCCCGGUCCAAUACAUGAAAAUAUUUUGGAAAUUAGCUCAAGUGCACUUCCUAAAGCCAUUGAUUAUGCAAAAGCAACCCAAGUGGCACAACAAACCAUGGAUUUAAUGCAGAAAAUUCCAUCAGGACAGCCACACAUUACAGAACCUAGGGCUUUGAUCCAAACUGAAAAUUUGACCCCACUGCCAGCUCAGCCAGACGGUCUGACUUCUACUGUCCCAAGAGGAGCAGCAGAAUCUCAAGACAUACCUCCACAGCUACCGUCUACAGUCCUAGCGUCAUCAGGAGUGAUUCUGCUACCAUCAGGUCAAUCCCUGCAUGCUCUGAAGGUGACCCCGAUAGUACAGGCGCCACCUGGGGUGGGAAUGAUCCCACCACUCCAAGUUGUAGAGCCUCCUGGUUUGACUCCACAGCCCGUGGCUCAAGUCAAAGAACCUCUGGACUUGCCUUCUGGGUUCCAGGUUCAAGCUGGAGACUCUGUGGGGAUGACUCCACAACAUCAAGCCCCAGAAGAAAGAGUGGGCUCUGACAUUUGUCAUCAGGUGGAAGAAUCUGUUGAACUGACACAAUCAUCAUUAGGAAUGAUGCCGAUACCAUUGAGCCAAACCUCAGACUCUAUGGAGAUGUACUCACCACCACUCCAAGAAACUCUUGAAACUAGGAACCAGGUUGUAAAAGAGAUGGAAGAGACUCCAGAAUCACAAAACACAAUUAAAGAUGCUCUGGAUUUGCUACCAGAAUCAGAAGUGCAGAAUAUGAACUCAGUGGUGGUGAUGGCCCCAGAACCACAGCCCUCAGAUGUGAAGUUUCUUCAUAGGACUCUAGAAUCGUGUUCAGAAGUUACUAACUUAUCAGAAAUAACUCUGAGACCAGAAUACGAAGACAGAGAGACUAUCAGAUUGACAUUUCCUAAAGUUGAUGUUACUCAGGGGGCCAUGAUAGAACCAUAUUCAGAAAUGGGAUCUCUGGAGUUGGGUCUAGAACCAGGAGUGCAAGGUGAGAAAUCGGAGUCCUUGGCUCAACACUUGCAGUCUGUGGAAGUAAUUGAACCAGAGAUACAGAAAGGAGAAAGCAUCACAUCCAAUUCAGAACCACAGCCCCAGGGGAUCAAAACUGUGGAUCAAAAUCAAGAUCCACCUGUUGGAAGUGUUUGAUCCCUUCAGUGGAUACCAGGACCUGAGUUCCAUAGCCCGAAGUGUUUAGGGUUAAAUUAUGGGUCACAAUCUCAAGGUGUCAAAACUACAGAACAGAAAACGUCCAUACAGUUGGGAGGUGUGAAGCCAUCAGAGACGAUUGUAAGGCCGAAACUUCUAGAAGAAAAAUCUGUGGGUUUUAACUUUGAAUCACAAGUGCACAAUACAAAGACACCUGAAUUGUUCCCAGAACCAGAGAUACAGAAAGGCGAAAAUACCACAUCCCAUUCAGAACCACCGCCUCAGGGGAUCAAAACCAAGAUCCAGCAGUUGGAAUUAACCACACCCUCAGGGGAUCAAAACCAAGAUCCAGCAGUUGGAAAUGUUAGAUCCGUUCAGUGGAUACCAGGACCUGAGUUCCAUAGCCCGAAGUGUUUAGGGUUAAAUUAUGGGUCACAAUCUCAAGGUGUCAAAUCUACAGAACAGAAAACGUCUAUACUGGGAGGUGUGAAGCCAUCAGAGAUGACUGUAAGGCCAAAACUUCAAGAAGAAAAAUCUGUGGGUUUUAACCUUGAAUCACAAGUGCACCAUACAAAGACACCUGAAUUGUUCCCAGAACCAGAGGUACAGAAUGGAGAAAACAUCACAUCCAAUUCAGAACCACACCCUCAGGGGAUCAAAACCAAGAUCCAGCAGUUGGAAAUGUUAGAUCCGUUCAGUGGAUACCAGGACAACCACAGCCUCAGGGGAUCAAACCAUGAUACACCAGUUGGAAGUGUUAGAUCCGUUCAGUGGAUAAUACGACCUGAGUUCCAUAGCCUGAAGUGUUUAGGGUUAAAUUAUGGGUCACAAUCUCAAGGUGUCAAAUCUACAGAACAGAAAACGUCCAUACAGUUGGGAGGUGUGAAGCCAUCAGGGACGACUGUAAGGCCAAAACUUCAAGAAGAAAAAUGUGAGUUUAACCUUGAAUCACAAGUGUACCAUCCAAAGACACCUGAAUUGUUCCCAGAACCAGAGAUACAGAAGGAGAGCAUCACAUCCAAUUCAGAACCACAGCCCCAGGGGAUCAAAACUGUGAAUCAAAACCAAGAUCUACCUGUUGGAAGUGUUAGAUCCGUUCAGUGGAAACCAGGACCUGAUUUCCACAGCAUGAAGUGUUUAGGGUUAAAUUGUGGGUCACAAUCUCAAGUACAGCACAUAAAACCCCCUGAAUAUUCAGCAAAACCAGAGUUACAAGAAGGGGAAAAAUCAGAGCCACAGUCCGAGUGUGUAAAAAGUCUGGCAUUACACCACAGAUCAGAGCCACAUGCUGAGUGUGUAAAAAGUGUGACAUUACACCAUGAAUCAGAUCCACGGGCUGAGUGGAUAAAAAGUGUGGCAUUACACCACAGAUUAGAGCCACAGGCUGAGUGUAUAAAAAGUGUGGCAUUACACCAUGGAUUACAGCUUGAAAAUACAAAAUCUGUUCAGUGGAUCUCAGCGUCUGGUUAUCAAGCUAAGAAAUCUAUGCUGAAUCUUAGGUUACAAUCUGAAGAUGUCACGGCUAAAGAGUUAAACCCUUUGGCACAACUAAGGAAUGUGAAGACUUCUAAUGAGUUGACUACACGGCUGAAGUUACAAAGUAAACAACCUACAGGGUCAACCCCGGAACAACAGUCUCAUGGGUUCAAAACUAUUGAUUUUAAAUCGGAGCUCCAGUUUAGAAGUAUGAAAGGAUGUGACCCAAACUUACGGUCAAAGAUUAACAAUAUAAAAUUCACAUUUGAACCCAGGUUUCACUUAGAAGUCACAGGCUCUCCUGGAUUGAACCCUGGAAUGCAACCACAAGAAGUGACCUUAGGGUCACCCCCAGGAACACAACCUCAAUCUGCGACAUCUUUAGUGUUUAAACAAGAGUCACAGGCCUCAGAAGCAAACUAUGGGGUAUUAAGCCAAAGGGCACAACCACAAAGCAGUAUGGAGUUAAAAAGUGAAAACUCUUCUGAGUUGGCCCUUCAGACAAAGCCUUGGGAUAUAAAAUCUGAGAUCAACUCUGGGCCCCAGUGGCAAAGUGCAGAAUGUUGUGACUUGACACCUGAAACAGAGUCCCAAAAUAUGAAAUGUAUCAUGUCAAGUCAAGGUAAGCCAUUUGCCAAUCGAAGAGUCCAGCUAGACUGUAAACAUGGGUCACAGUGGCGAGGUAUAAAAUCCAAUCCAGAUCUGAGGACAAAGUCCCAAGAAAUGGAAACGGAAGACUGUGAAUCAGGCCCACAGUUACAAGAUCUGAAAUCUUCAAGGACAGUCAUGGGUAUAAAGGUCCAAGAUGUCAUAUCUAUGGGCUUUACUCCUGGACCACAAUUACAAGGUAUGCCAUCUGAAGUCCUUACAGAGAAGAGGGUUCAUGGUGUGAAACUGGUAGAAAGCAAACCUAGUUCAAAGUUACAAGGUAAGAAACCUGAUUUCACCCCAAGGAAGAUGUUUUUAGGCACAAAAUCAGUAGAGCUAGACUCAGCGCCUUUACAAGAUUUGAAAUAUCCCAAGCAGAUCUUGGGUAGGAAACUUCAAGAUGUGAACUCUAUGGAACAUCAUGUUACAAGUAUAAAAUCUCCCGAGCUGGUAACACAGAUAAAAUCCCAAGGCAUAAAAGCAAUGGACUUUAAUUCAGGAUCACAGCCACAAAAUAAAAAGCCAUCUGAGUUGGCUCAUGGGAAAAAACUCCAAGGUAUGGAAUCUUUGAUAGUGGAGUCAAAGUCCCCAAAUGGGGAAUCUGUGGAGUUAAACUUGGGCCCUCAGUUACAAGAUGAGAAAUCUUCUAAGUCAAUUCUGGGGAUAAAGCAGGAAGAUGCAAGAUCUACAGAGGUCAGUUCUAGCCCAUGCUUGCAGGGUAUGAGGUCUUCUGAAGUAUUUUCAGAGGACAUGCUUCAAGGAGAGAAACCCAAGGGCUUUGUGGCCCAGUCACUGUGGCAGGCUGUAAAAUCUCUUAGGCGGACUUUCGGCAAGGCACUUGACAGGAAGCUUUUGCAGCUGAAAAUCCCUCAGUUCCAGGACGGGAAAGGAUCCGUGUUAACCCCAGAAUUACAUCUUCAAGGUAUGGAACCUGAGGCAGUCAAGCCUGGAUCGAAGUUGAAAGGCCUGCAACCCGAGCCUACAAAUGUCCAAGCAGUGAAGGAUAUGGGGAUCAAUCAUGGUGCAGAAUUGCAGGUUGUGGGAUUUGCUGAGCAGGACUCGGACUCCACGAUUUAUAGUGUGGCACCUUCCGAACUCAGUGCCGGAAACCUGAAGCAAGACGGGAACAUUCACAAAUCAAGUCACAAGCAACAGCUUCAAAGUAUAAAACCGGUAGUCUUCAGUCACGAGCCACAUUUGCAACAUAUCCAGUCAUCAGAAGUAUGUACAAAUCUUCCAGAUCUGAAAUCUAUGGAAUUCAACUCAGAGCAACAGGUGCAAGAGAGAAAACCUCCUGAGGUGUGCACAGAGUCCAAGCUGCCAGAUGAGUCAUCUCUGGAAUUCAAGCACGAGUCUCGAUUGCAAGGUAGGACAUUCUGUGACUUGAGUCCAGGGCCACAGCUUCAAGGCAUAAAAUCUAAGAAAUUCUGCCUUGGAUCACAUUUGGAAGAUGUGAAUUCUGCAUGUACUCCCAAUUUAGAAGCUCCUAAACUUCAAGGUAUGAAGUUUUCUGAGUUGAACCCAGGGACAGGAAUUCAAAGAGAGAUGCCUAUAACAGUUAACCCAGUACAGCACUUGCAAGAUUUAAAGCUUGAAUUAACUCCAGGGUCAAAUAUUGCAGGUAUAGCAUCUGUAGAAUACAACCCUGGGCCACAGGAACAAUGUGUGAAUUUUUCUGAAUUGAAUCCAGGAUUAGAAUUACAACGCAUAUUGCAAAACAUAAAGUCCUUUGCCUGGACCCCUGGAUCAGAAUCUCAGUGUACAAGAUCUGUUCUAUUGAGCUCUGGACCCCCUUUUCAAGGUGUGAAGCCAUCUAACUUAUCAGUAGGGGCAAAGUUUCAAGAGAUCCCAUUUUCGAAGAAGCAAUUUGGGUCAUGGCAGCAAACUGCACAACCCAUGUUGACUCCGAAGCCUCAGUCAACUGGUAUGGACUCUGUGGAAGUUUUACCAACACCACUGCCUGAAGAUAAAAUGUUUCCAGAGAUGGGCAAACAGCCAUUGCUUUGUACAAACUCUGUAAACCUGAUACCUGGCUAUGGUCUGCAGGACUUGAGAAGUAAGGAAUUUUCACCAGGACCUUGUUUUCAAACAGUUAUGUGUUUGAAGCCAGGGUCACAGUCUCAGAGCGGGAACUCUUCAGAGUUCGCUCCAUGCCAUGGGUCUCAAUGUGCUCAGUCUUUCUUUGCCCCAAAGCCAUGUCUUCAAGAUCUAAAACCCACACAACUGAGGCUAGGAUCCCAACAGCAAAGUAUGAAUCACCAACAGAUUGCUUUAGAUGAGACGCCAAUGGGAGUAACACCCGAGUCCACCAGGAAGUCCUUGGCAGGACCAGCACUGACGAGUGUCAAAUUUUCAAAUUUAAUUCCAGAAUCACAGUCGCGAUGUAUGAAAUUUAAGCCAUUGACUUCAGAGCUGAGGGGGCAAAGUGUAAAACAUGUGAAAUUAUCAUCAGUGUCCCUGCCACGAAGUGGAAACCCUGCGGGCUUAUCACCAAGUCCAUUCCUUCAAAAUGUGACAUUUGGGAACCAAAUUCCUCAAACAAAUGAUCAAAUCACAGAACCCUCUAAGGUGACAUGCAGACCAGCACACCACCUGGUGGACUAUGCAGAGAUGAACACGAAGAUCAGCUACCAAGUCCCUAAAUUGGUGAAUUAUAUUCCGCUGCCUGUUUAUCAAGAAGAUGCGGGAUCUUCAGAAAUGACGAAAGGGUUGGGACACAAAAGCACAGAAACAACAGAGAAAUCUAUGAGGUUGACCCCCAAGCCAACAGAUACAGUCACAGAAUCAUUAGGGAUGCCUCAGCAGCCACAGCUUCAAGUGCCAGGAUUUGUUGAUCUGACUCCAACACUAAGUGAUCAAGAUUCAAACGCCUCAGAGCUGACCCCACAGAAAAACUACCAGAGCCUAGAAACCCUGGAGUUGCUUUCUUGUUCGUGGCCUCAAGUGAAAGAUUUCAAGCAGUCACAGACCCAACCAGCCACAGGACCUAAGAGAAUGACCCUCGACCUCAAGAAUCAUGCCACAGAAAUGACGGUGCUAACUUGUAAGGUAAGACAGCAAGGGAAAGAAUUUCUUAGAGUGACUUCAACGCCAGUAAACAGAGAGACUGAAUGUGUCGAAAAAUCUCCACGGCCAUAUCCUCAAGAUUUAGGACCUGUGAUGGUGAGCUCCGAGAAAAGAUCCCCAAGGGAACAAUCUGUAGUCUCGUCACCAAGGCCAUUCUAUCAUGUUCCGGAUUCUGCUCCAGAGAUAACACCAGGACCUCAGAUUCCCAAAUCUGUAGGUUUGACCUCUAAGCCAUGGCUGCAAAGGGAAGAAUUCUUAGAGUUGGCCGCCCAGCCAACCAAUCAAGUUGUGGGAAAUACAGCCUCUGUAGAGCUCACAUUUGAGGAAUGUCAGACAGAAGAGGUAGGAAGUGGUCUAACAACGGCCCAGAAGGCAAGCAUUGAAAAAGCAAGCGUCACUCCAAUAGAAUCACUGGAUCAGAUUAUAAACUUCGUAACGGUCAGCCCAAAGCCACUCGAUCAAAUCACAGAACCUGCAAAGACACAGCUUCAAGUUCCUCAAGUCUCUGAAUCUCUGACAGUGAUUCCUGGACCACCACUUCAAGUUAUAGAGUCAGUGAUGAUACCAGAGCCGGCCUCUCAAGGGUCAAAAUAUGUUGAUUUGACUCCCAAACUGCAUGAUAUGAUAGUUUCAGAGUUUGCUCCAAGACUUUGGCUACAAAAUGUGCAAUCUAAGAAGUUAAUCGCAGAGCCAGCACAUCAGAUUUUAGAAACGAUAGAAUUAUCAGGCUUUCAAGUGAUAAAGACGAUAUUGCUUCCCAAGCCCCUGCUUCUGAUUGUGAAAUCUGAAGAGCUGGCACCAGGACCAAGUCCUCAGGCUGUAGAACCAAUAGGAGUUGCCACAAGAUCAAGAAUUCAAGUAAAGGAUCCUUUGAAUUUACUCCAAAGACCACAUCUUCAAGACAAGAUAAAACCUAUAGAACGAACUCGAAGGGCAAAUAUUCAAGAGAAUUUUCCAGAAUUAAUCUUACAGCAAACAUCUCCACUUGAGGAACCUCCAGUAUUAACUCACAAGCAAAGGUUUCAGGCUGGAAAAUCUGUAGGAAUCAAAAGAGAAUCUCCUAAAGUACUGGAAAUGGAUCUGAAUCAAGGACGGGCGUGUUAGAACAGAGAUUCGGAAAUGAUAACAUCAGAAAAGUUACAAGCUGAGAAUUAUUUCUCUAGGUUCAUAAGCAGCCCUCCGAUCCCAUUUAUUUCAAGCUCUGUCAAAGCAAGCGAAUUAGGGCCCCUUCAGGGUUCUGGAAUGCCAGAAGUGUCAAGAGCCCGGACUAUGAAGAACUUUAACGUUGGCAUUUUGCAGUCUCCAGAGUCCUAUACAGACACUAUUAGGAUACAGUCACCAGCUCUUCCCUUGGUCCUUCCCUCUGAUAAAACAGGGAACUCUGUGGGAUCCCUAUAUCCUGAGAUCUGGGAUAUGGAUGUCAUAACUAAGGAAUCAACUGAAAAGAAGCAAAUGGAAGAAUUUGGGAAUUCACUGCAGAGCUAUUCUCCAUAUCCACUGAGAUUACUACCCUCGGAGUUUCAGGCAGGAUUAGGAGCUUGAAGAAACUCUAUCUGUUCUUUCCUGGGCAGACAACUGAACAUCUGGGAAAGUCAUGUCUGUAGGCAGCGUCUACCCAGGAAGUACCUCUCCAAUAUGCUAAUGCUGGGGAAUGUUCUGGGAACCACUAUGGAAAGGAAGCUUUGUUCUCAACCGUUUUUAACAGAAGGAGCCACUAUGGAUAUCUGCCAAUCUAUUCAGAAUUUAUUUGGGGUUCCAGCUGAACUGAUGGAAUUUUCCCAAAGCCCAAAGAGGGGUCCAAGGACGAUUUCACAGACUUCAGUGGUCAAAAACUAUAUUCAGAGACAUAUUUUAUGCCAUGGUCAUGAGAAAAGAAUGCCCUUAAAGAUGUGGACACGCGGAUCCACAUCCUCCAUAAUACAGCAGUACUCUGGUACUAGAUUGGGACUAAAGAAAGCAAACUCAAAACUCAGUGAUAUAUUCCAAGAAGUCACUCAGCACAUGCCUGUCUCAUGUACAGGGGCCCAGUUUCCUGCCUUAGGGAAGCCAGAGUCUCCUCUCGGGAUACUUUAUGAUAGGGAAGAUCCUGUUUCCAGGGAGCCGAGUAAAAUCUCCCAGAGUGAUUCACAGACAAGAACUUUUGAGUCUCACCGCUCCCUCAAGGCAAGUUAUUUUUCCCAGACCAAGACCGAUCUCUCAGAACAGCUCCAUCUACUAAAAGAUCUACAGCUAAAGAUAGCAGCAAAACUCUUACGGAGUCAAAUACCCCACAACGUCCCUCCACCCCCAGGGUCAGGUCUUGUCCUGAAAUACCCCAUCUGCUUGCAGUGCGGCCAAUGUUCAGGAUUUAGGUGCUGUCAUAAGUUACAGUCUGCUUUUGGGUCUUACCUUCUCGUCUACCCACAGAUCCACCUUAUAAGGAUCCCUGAAGGCCAUGGUGAGAUUCGGUUGCAUCUUGGUUUUAGGUUGCGCAUUGGAAAAAGACUUCAAGUCUCAAAGUAUCGUGGGAGAAACAGAGCGGACACAUUAAAGAACCCUUCCUCAUCAUCGCACAGGAAAGCUAAAAUCUAUACUCCAGUUUCCAAGAGUCCAACUUCUACAAGAGAUUUCCAGUCCAGAUCUUCCCAGUCUCUGGCUUCUGUACCAGUUCACAGGAGGCAAAAGCAAUGGGGCAGCCGUGGUGUGGCAGGGAAGACAGAAGUCAAAGACUCUAGGCAUUAUGAAUUCUGUGAGGUUCUCUCCGCAUCAGAGAGUGGCUCUGAAAGUAACCGGCAUGAAAAAUGGGCUAAGCCAAGAUUCAGAAAGACCUCAGACUUAAAAUAUCCAAUGAAGAAAAUCACCAAGGAACUUAAAACACAAAACAUAAAGCUCUACAAAAACAGUAGACCCACAGAAGAGUGUCCUUCUGAAACACUGACAGAUCCAUCAAGAAGCAAGAGUAUUGAAACCACUCAAACCUGCACUGUUUCUUCAAAGAGACAGCCUAAGAAAUCCUCCCAGCCCAAGUUCAUCCAGCUGCUUUUUCAGGGCCUAAAGCAGGCAUUCCAAAGAGCACAUAGAGUUAUGGCUAUCACUGGACAGAAGCCUGAGGACAGGGCUAGUCCAGACAAUUUGUGGUCAGGCAAAAACUUGUACCCCGAAGGAAAAGAUGAGGAUGAUUGUUUAACAGGAGAUGGCAGAGGGGCCAGCACACCUGUUAUCAAGCAAAGGUUCAUGGGUUCCACCCCUAAGAAAGAAGACAGAUUGCAGGAAACAUGUGACCAAGCUCAACAAUCAAAACAAAGAUGCCGCAGCCCCUCAAAAAGGAGCCAUCUCAGUCCCAUCCGGAGGACAUGGGCCAGUCCUUCAGAAUGGAGCCAUGGUACUCUCUCUGAGAGACCCCCUUCCAGACACUCCGGCAGGACAAGACAAAGCUCUUCUGGAAGAGGCUAUCGCAGUCCUUCUUCCGGACUCCAUUCUCAGAGAACUCACUACAGCCCCUCUGAGAGCAGACGCGGUCAUUCUGAGAGGAGCCGACGCUUAGAGAGGAACCAGCAAGGUCACCAUGCCAGACCCCAUCGCAGCCCCAUGGGGAGGCUCCGACACAGUUCCCCUAAGGAGAGACCCAGACAUAGCUGGUCUAAAGAAUUCAAGACUUAUUGA